UUUCGACGGCUGAAAUUCGAAGCUGCGAGCCUACCUGCCCAAGCAUCACGAGAACACACCUGUGUUGCACGUCACUAUAGAGACUGGUCUAGCUUUCUGGCGCUCGAAGCUAUUAGUGGCCGCGGUACACAGCAUGUUACCCGACAUCGAGAAAGCUGGCUCUGCCCAGUAACGUAUGCUUCGCCAGUCUCGGGGUGAAAACACACGCAUCAAUCCAAGAACCAUCUGUUGGAUUCACGUCUGUUUGGCCUCAUGGAUCCGAUGGGCUGUGGCCUCGCUGAACAGCCUGUGUUCGCUGGGUGAACACUGUUCGACUUUUUUGAAGCCUUUUUCAUCUGAAGGAAUUACCAGUUUCGAGGGCGGAGACUAGCAAACAACAACAACGUUGUGUUUUACGUCUUUUGGACGACAAGCUAACAUGGCUUGACGAACUCAAUACUAGCCUAACUCUAGUCUGUUCAGGUCGUUUUGGAUUUUUUGUGCUUUCGCGUGAAAGCCGCGCACAACGAGGAGUCAUGGAGCUUGCCGCUUGCCAACUCCCUAAAACGUAUAGGUGCUGAGGACUGUGCAGAACAAAUCAAAUUCAUUCCAUCCUAUCCUGGCGAACCUCACUGCGCGCUGUCUUCAAGUUAUCCACAUUUAUCGCUAUUGGGAAUUUAGAACAUAACAGUCUUCUGCAAAGAAAUCUCAACGUAGUUUUACGUGGUUACAGUAGCGUGUUGUAGCCUACAUUCCAGAAGCGGUUUCUUGUAGCCUGUAGCUUACAGCGAACGUUGCGACAUUGUAAACUGUAUUAAGUGUUCAGUUUUUCCUCUUGGGAACAAACGAUUCGUCUCCAUAUCAACUAUUCUGUAAGUUCGUGGUCGCGGAAUACGAACAAAAGGAAAACAUGAGGAAUACCGAGGAGACGGACGGCUUUGAUGGCGAGGCCUCCAACACUUCCAUGAUCUCGGGUGCAAGUAGCCCGUACCAGCCGACUACAGAGCCCGUACACGCCAGAAAUGUACUGGGAGGCAUCAGGUGUGAUACAGAGUACCUGAGGUCGCACUUCGGCAUUUUAAAAAUCAUCGAAGUGGCCUUGGCGCUCAUCUCCUUCAUCUGCAUCGAGACCAUCAUGAUGUGCUCCCCUUGCGGUGGAAUCUACUUCUUUGAGUUUGUCAGCUGCAGCGCCUUCGUCGUCACGGGAGUCCUCCUCCUCAUCUUCAUCCUCAACCUGCACACCAAGGUGCCCCACAUCAACUGGAACCUGACGGACCUGGUCAACACGGUGGUCAGCACGUUCUUCUUCCUGCUGGCCUCCAUUGUGUUGGCGGCGGUCACCCAGUCCGGCGCAGGAGCAGAUGUCAAAAGCGUGGAGGGGAGUCGGAAAUCCGGAGCAGAGAUCGCUGCCGUGGUGUUUGGCUUCCUGGUGACGGCCGUGUACGCGGCCAACUGCUACCUGGCGGUGCGGCGCUGGCGGAGGGGGGAGGGGCAGGCGGGCCAGCUGACCAGCAGCGAGUACAUGCGCGCCCGCACGGCCUCCCGCGGCGAGGUGGAGGCGCGGCCUGAGAUGUAGUGACCAAUCGGCACGGGCCGUUCCCCCCACGCGGCCCCUCCCUCCACUCAUCCCCAUCACCCCCUUUCUGCCGGACCCUUCGCAUGGACGGGCUUGGCCCGGCUCGGCACGGCUCGGCUUGGCUCGGCUUGGCCCAACAGUGCCACCAUGAGGGCUUUUCACCCCCGCGGCCUCAAAGACUGGAGCCGUGGACCUCUGGACCUCUGGACCUCUGGACCUCUGGACCUCUGUCACACACACGAUGGUGGAUUGUUAUCGUCAUUGUUCGCUAGAAUUGAGUCACAUGAGAGAGAGUCACAGUACUGUUUGUGUGCAAUCCUGACACACACACACACACACACACACACAUGCACACACAACUAUUUGUUUUUUAAAAUGCUUUUAAACCCUGAGACUGCCAUGAUUCUCAGUUUGAAGGAUGUGUGUAUUGAAGGAUGUGUGUAUUGAAGGAUGUGUGUAUUUUGUGUAUUGUAAACUGAGCAGCAGACUAGACAUUCAUGGAUCGCCAAGAUCUCCUGACGUCACCCAUGAAGAUUAAGGACACACACUGUUGGACAUGCCACAUGGACUUUCUAAGAAGCAUUAUGACAGGCUUAUGACAGGCUUAUGACACGUGUAUCUGAGCCAUACACACCAUCUAUUACUAGAAAAACAAAUACACACCAGGCUUGUUGAGGAGCUCCUAAGCUUGUGCAUCAUGUGAGGUGUCCUGUAACACACACACACACACACAAACACACACACUGCCAAGCAGUCACUACAUGUGUGUUAGGUAGCUCUGGGCAAGGCUCCUUCAUAGAAGCUGCAGCUGACAGGUUGACACUAUAUAUCUAACACAAGUUGACACUAUAUCUAAAAACCUUCAUACAGAUUUGCAAGCAGUGUAUGAGCUACAUACGCCAGAUCAUGUAAAUAUUUGAUAUCCAUUGUAGCAAGGUGAUUGAGACACGUGAGUGAAGAGAUGAAGACCUUUGGAAUUACAACCUUUUGCUUUAGCUGGUUAAUAUAUGCCACUGACAAAUGUAACAUGAUAUGGCCACAUGUUGUUGUUGUUGACGUUGUUGACAUCAAAUAUGAGGGCAGUGACAGAGGCGGUACUGGAAGCGUGAGGUACACUAAAGAGAAACUCUUGACCUGAAGUCAAGUAAACAUUAAGCUAGGAAUCUCAGGUGUGUGUGUGGCCAGGAAGGGCUGUCAGGUGUUGAAUGUUAGAAUUGACCUGUCAAAACGUAAAGACCGUGUCGCCCAAUGGUAUGAAAGGCUAACAUGGUUUAUUGGACACGAAUGAGGUUGCUCUCUGUUCAGGCUGUGGUGGUCUUCUUCUAAUGGAGGCCCUGAGCCAGGCCAAACUUCUAAAGUGGACACAACAUUGAGAAUUGUUGUGUUUUGCGGAGAAGGAGGCUAUUUUUAGUGCUAGAGAAAGAAGUGCGACACUAAUGUGGAAAUAGCAACCACCAGAGUUCACCUGCACUCACGCUAUGAUUUCAUUUCGUCCUAAUGUAGUCUUUUUAGUGUGUGUGUGUGUGUGUGUGCGUGCGUGUGUCCAUAGACAUGGAGGUUUUGUACAUAUGUAGAACUACAGUGUACGUGACGCAACAGUAUGAAGGUAUUCGUGUCAUGCUGACGUGUAUCUAACCUCAUUUGGUCAUGUCGACCAUGUGCUGGUGUUUUAUUUCCAUAUUCAAAGUAUGACUAUCAGUACAUUGUUUCUACCUUUUAUUCUUUGUCUCAUGUCAGGCGUUAAUGUUUUUAUUUUGUAUAUUUUGAUCCAUUUGAAGGAUGUUGUGUGUACAAACACAUGUUUGUGUUGGUUUUGUGUGUGUGUGUUUCAAUCAAUUUGUCACAAGGACAUUUUAUUUUUCAACCUUGUCUUUCAGUGUGAAGCUACGAAGAACAGCAAGUCUUAACCCUCCAUAAUCCUUUGUAUUAGGCUCAAGUGACUGUGUGUGUGUUGGGCUGUGUGUGUGUUGGGCUGUGUGUGAGUGUGUGAGAGAAAGUUGAUGUAUGGGGGGGGGGGGUCAAGCACCUUUCCAGAGUGCCUUGCGGUAGAAGUAUAAAGUUCUGUAUCAGCGCAGCUGCCAGUGAUGGAUUCACUCCACAUAGUGCUUACAUUGUGUGUGUGUGUGUGUGUGUGUGUGUGUGUGUGUGUGUGUGAUCCAUCACCUAGAAGGACCAGCCUGAGGAGUUAGUUUAGUGUUCAUAUUGAAGUCAUUCUCUACAAAUAAAUGAAAAAAAAUAAACAGGCGCAUCAUUUCCUGUUAGCCUCUGACUCCGGCAUGGAUGUGGCGGAGAUCCGGCUGACGUCAGCGCCACGUCCGGGCCACGUCUGGGCCGAGUCCAGCCCGGCUCUCUGGGCUCCUUAUGUUAGCUCUUUCCAACAUACUCCUGUGUCUUAAUAUUCUGGUUCCGUGGAUGUGAUUUUUCUUUCCUUUUAUUUGUAUGUUUCUCUUGUUGUAGCUGGAUAGCUUCAGGAAGAUUUGAUUUGAUUAUUUGAAGGAGACGUGUCGAAGGAUGAGCUGAUUUAAUGCUGAGAUAAUGUGUUUUGGGUGAGCUUACGAUGUUAUAGACAAUCACUAGUGUGUGUAUUUAUAUAAUAAGUGUCUUAAGUGUGUGUCUUUGGAGGAAUGAAAUGAAAUGUCUUAGGCUCUGCUUUGGCAUGUCAAUACCAGAGCGCUCUUCUUUGGCCAAUGAUACUGUGCACAAACUGACCAGCCUCUCAAGUUGUUGCUUCAGCGUCAAGCACUUGGUUUUGGACCAAUCACCUUUUUAGCAGAAGGCUUCAGCAAACCAGAGCAAUGUGUAAAUAUGACCUAGUUUGGGGAGUUUGUGCUUGAACACCCUUGAAUCACACACGUAUAUCUGUUUAUUGAAGUCUUAUGACUGCCUGGAGUUGAUUUUUAAUUUUUUUUUUUUUUACUGACAUUGUAAAAAUGGGUGUUAUGCUGUUUUAAACAAGGGCAGUAACUGUUCCGCUCUCCAUUUCAGCUCAAGUUGAUUUCUGUAGGUGUUUCACUAGCACUAGUACUGGUGUGAACCCUAUGGAUUAGUUCUGUUUCACUAGCACUAGUACUGGUGUGAACCCUAUGGAUUAGUUCUGUUUCACUAACGAACUGGUGUGUACUCUAUGGCAGUGGUUCUCAAACUUUUUGUCCGGGGCCCCCAUAAAAUCCAUUUGCCAAGUCUCGCGACCCCCCUCGCGAACACCAUUUCUGAUAGACUGUAUGCACAGGGCAGCAAGAUCAUUUUGCGACCCCCAAAAAAACGUUUGGCGACCCCACUUGGGGUCCCGACCCCUAGUUUGAGAACCACUGCUCUAUGGAUAAGUUCUGUGGGUGUUUCACUAGCACUGGUGUGUACUCUAUGGAUUCGUUCUGUAGGUGUUUCACUAGCGUUCACUAGUACUGGUGUGUACUCUAUGGAUUCGUUCUGUAGGUGUUUCACUAGCGUUCACUAGCACUGGUGUGUACUCUAUGGAUUCGUUCUGUAGGUGUUUCACUAGCGUUCACUAGUACUGGUGUGUACUCUAUGGAUUCGUUCUGUAGGUGUUUCACUAGCGUUCACUAGUACUGGUGUGUACUCUAUGGAUUCGUUCUGUGGGUGUGUCACUAGUUCACUAGUACCGGUGUGUACUCUAUGGAUUCGUUCUGUUUCACUAGUACUGGUGUGUACUCUAUGGAUUAUGGAUCAGUACUCAAAUGUGUAUUUUUGUAUUUAUAGAAAUCUAUGUAGAUUUACUAAAUGGUAAUCGUGGGGUGCACAUGGUCUGAGUCUGCAAACUUACAAUGAAUUAAAUGAUUCCAGACGUA